GUCAAUCAUCAGAUACAGAGGAGCAGUGAACUUUCCUUAACUACCAUUCAAGAGCCAAGUCAUAGUAGCUGUUUUUCUUUUCGUUCGUACAAUUGGAUAUUCUCUUUAUAUCGCUUUCAUGGCUCAAGAAGAAGCCAAAGAUACAAAACCAUCAUCGACUGAGGAGCCAAACCCAUCAAGGGAAACUCAGAUGGCUAGAAGUUCAACCUCAUUAUCUGUUCCUUCACCUUCAUGGUUCACUCCUAAAAGGCUGCUAGUUAUUUUCUGUAUCAUCAACUUGAUAAAUUAUGUGGAUAGAGGAGCAAUAGCUAGCAAUGGCGUCAAUGGGAGUCGGAGAACUUGCACAAAAGGUGGUACAUGCACAUCUGGUAGCGGAAUACAGGGGGACUUCAAUUUAAACAAUUUUGAAGAUGGAGUAUUAUCAUCUGCUUUCAUGGUUGGACUUCUUGUGGCUUCUCCAAUAUUUGCAUCACUAGCUAAGAGCUUUAAUCCAUUUAGACUUAUUGGAGUUGGAUUAUCAGUUUGGACAGUUGCUGUUGUUGGCUGUGGUUUUUCUUUUAAUUUCUGGUCCAUUACAAUUUGCCGCAUGUUAGUUGGUUUUGGUGAGGCUUCAUUUAUAAGUCUUGCAGCCCCAUUUAUUGAUGACAAUGCCCCUGUUGCUCAGAAAACAGCGUGGCUCGCAAUAUUUUACAUGUGUAUACCUACUGGAUAUGCUGUUGGUUAUGUGUAUGGUGGAUUGGUUGGAGGUCAUUUUAAUUGGCGUUGGGCAUUCUUUGGAGAGGCAAUUUUGAUGUUUCCAUUCGUUGUUUUAGGUUACGUCAUGAAGCCUUUACAGUUGAAAGGUUUUGCUCCUGCUGAAUCAAAAAAAGCACUGACAUCUGUAGAGAAAGCUGUCUCUGAAGAUCAAGAGAUGGCAGCUGGUAAUGAUGGCACAUUGGCUAUUAAGGAAGAGUUAAAUGAUAAAAGCUCAAAGCAAUCUUCCAUAUCAAGAUAUGCAUCCAUUAGUUUGGAUCAAUUUUCGAGGUUUAUGAAAGACAUGAAAGCUCUUUUAGUUGAGAAGGUCUAUGUUGUAAAUGUUCUAGGUUACAUAGCAUACAAUUUUGUCAUCGGUGCAUACUCAUAUUGGGGCCCUAAGGCUGGUUAUAAUAUCUAUAACAUGACCAAUGCAGAUUUGAUAUUUGGAGGUAUUACAAUAGUUUGUGGAAUAUUUGGCACGAUAGCAGGGGGUUUUAUUCUGGAUCGCAUGACUUCCACAAUCCCCAAUGCUUUUAAGCUUCUUUCAGUGGCUACAUUUCUUGGAGCAAUAUUUUGCUUCUCUGCCUUCUGUUUUAAAAGCAUGUAUGUUUUCCUUGCUCUUUUCGCAAUUGGCGAGCUUCUUGUCUUUGCAACUCAGGGCCCUGUAAAUUACAUAUGUCUCCAUUGUGUCAAACCAAGUAUGAGACCGUUAUCUAUGGCUAUUUCUACUGUUUCAAUUCACUUAUUUGGAGAUGUGCCUUCCUCCCCCCUUGUUGGGGUCCUCCAGGACUAUAUCAACAAUUGGAGGGAGACUGCUCUUAUUCUGACAGCCAUUUUGUUUAUAGCAGCUGGGAUAUGGUUUAUAGGGAUAUUCAUGCGCAGUGUAGAUAGGUUUAAUGAAGAAAGUGGGCAUCCAACAAUUUUAACCGACAGGACAAACAUGACGCCUUUACUUGAAGGUGAAGGCAAGACAGCAGGAACAACAGAAACUUCUGCAGAGCCAUGAAUCCUUACCAGAAGUAGUUUUUUCCCCUGCAAGCCCUUGCAAGAAUUGUAAAGCUUUUUUCUUCUUCUUCUUUUCUUUUUAUUUUAUUUUAUUUUAUUUUUUUGCUUUUAAAUUUCUACACAUCCUAUAGGUUUGAGGGUUAUGUGAUGCUCUCUCAUGUAAAUAAGCUUCGUACGAGUCCAGGAAAAACUUCAAUGGUUUGAAUAAUUAAUGCAUUGGUUCAAGUAAUACAGGGAUCAAGGGUGGAGUUCCAUGA